UCUGUCAGGCGGCUGCGUAGACAGUUCCUGGUCGCAGGUGGGGUCCUUGUGACUGGCGCUGACACGAGUGAGGAGAAGGGGAACGACAGGCGGUGGCGGCCCCGGUUCCGGCCUCUCCCCGCACUCUGCCCGUCCCCGAGCCUGGCCGCUGGGGAUGGUCUCCCGCUGACAUGGGCGGCAGCAGUUCCAAAGGCCGCAGCUUCUGGCCCUUCGGCUCGGGCGCCGUCACCGACACAGCCGACGGCGAACGCCAGCAGAGCCUGGCCCGGUACCGCAGCGGGCGGCUAGGUGCUACCCCCUUCGUAUUCAGCCGCAGGAGCUCAAUGUACUAUGAUGAAGAUGGCGAUUUGGCUCAUGAGUUCUAUGAAGAAACCUUUGUCACAAAAAAUGGAAGGAAAAAAGCUAAACUGAAAAGAAUUCAUAAAAAUUUAAUACCUCAGGGUAUGGUUAAGCUGGACCAUCCGCGAAUCCAUGUGGAUUUCCCUGUCGUUUUAUGUGAGGUGUGACCGGAAUGGAAGUUUCUUUCAAAAUAAACCUGGACUAUAGCAGUUUGCCAGAUGCUGAACCUUUGAUGGUCCUGUAUGUUGGUGAUGGAGACUGAUCUGACGAGCGUGUGGCAUCUGUUUAAUUUCCGUGUAGUUUUUAAAUGCUAAGAGCCAAACACUCAACGUUUCCUCUGUAUGAUUGUCUAUAGAGUGAUCUGUUAAAAUUGAAUUCAUUUAUAAGAACACAGUACAGAUGUACACUAGAGCUCCAGUGCUAUUUCAAGUAAUUGUGUUAGAUUACUGUGACAUAUGUUUAAAGACAAUGUAAAUAGUAGCUUUAAUUUAAUGCAGUCAUUAGGGGUGUUUAAACAUUUUGAGUUCUGUAUAUACACAUCUGCACAAUAUUUGGCAGUAAAUAUAAUGGCAUAUCUAUGAAAAUUAGUUGCAAGGUUUUAUUUAUGAGUGACUGUUUUGUUUGUUAAUUUUCUCAUACUAUAUAAUAAAAGAUUCCACAAAGUCUUUGAACUUUGUGCUACUUGAAUGCCACAUGAAAAGGAAAGCGCUUGAAAAUACAAAUGCAUACUCCUUCUCUUCCGAAAGUACAAGGUAAAAAUGGAAAUUUAUAGCAAGCUGAGAAAAAAACUGCGAUAGUAACUUGGCUGGGAAGCUUCCCAUUUCUGCAGGUUUGCACAUUUUCACUGGUGCAGUGGCAUAAUAGGUGGUUUUCCUGUGUCUCAGCUCUAGGGAUCCAUGUUUGAUCCUGAUCUCUGUUUGCAUGGAGUUUGCAUAUUCUCACUGUGGCUGAAUGAGCACCCUAAAGACCUGCUAGUAUGUUUGUUGGCUACUGUAAACUACCUUCAGAUGAGUAGCAGGAGAAUCAAUGAUGGGCACAGGAGACAUCAAGUUAUGGAGAUUAGGUGGGAAAAUAAGAUUUGACUUAGACCUUGAUGGGCUUAAUGGAUUAUGGCAUAAGGAAAUGAGCAUGAUUAGAAAAAGAAAUCCUGGUUUAUUUCAUUCCUUUGCAGCUCUUUAAAUCCAUCUGAGCUGAAUUCAGCAAAUGCGUGAUAGAUUGUCAGUCAGAUUUGUAGCGUGACUUAUUUGUAAACCAAACACAAGAGAAUCUGCAGAUGCUGGAAAUCUAAACGACACACACAAAAUGCUGGAGGAACCCAGCAGGCCAGUCAGCAUCUAUGGAAAAGAGUAAACUGUCAAAGUUAUGGGCUGAGACCCUUUAUCAAGAUUCAUGAAGGUGCUUUUUAAAUAUUGAAAAUAGUUCUGUCCCUGAUGAAAGGUCUCUGUCCGAAAAAUCGACUGUUUACUCAGUUCCAUAGAUGCUGCCUGAUAUGAGUUCCUCCAGCAUUUUGUGUGUGUUGCUUACUUGUAAACCAUUCUGAUUUCUGUAUAACUAUCAGGCGGGAAACUGCUUGACCACAGCUACAAGUUUUGACAGUCCUUGUCAUUGGCAGCUAAUUUUUUCAGACAAUGAAAUAAAAUACUUGCAAAUUUAAAUAUGGUAUUAAAGUGGCAAAAAAUAGUAUUUUAAUAUCUUGUAAGAUGUGAACAUAGCAAGAGUAAUGUUAUAUUUCCAUCCUAUAUGUGUUGAGAGGUGAACUGCCAUUUUAACUGUUGUAUAUCAUGUGCUGAAUAUGCUCUACAUAUUGCUAACAGCUACCGUGCAAGCACUUUGACCUCAAGUAGAAAUAUCCUUGCAGCCGAUCAAUUCCCAUACAUCUACUAAUCUUAGCUGCUAGAGGUUGUGGGUUUGGAAGGUUUUGCCACACCCUAGCAAAGUGUCAACUAGGGGUUAAAUUCUGUUGGCUAACUGCAUUGCAGCAAUUUAUCCCAGAUGAGGAAGGGAAAACACUUUUUACCUUGUGAAAAGUAAAUGAACGUGAUGAUAAAGAAGAGUAACUGUUCACUACGAUGUAGCACUCAGUUCAGUAAUAAGGAGAUUGGAUCGGCUGCUUUGUGGCAGAAGAGGUUGAGCGGUGACCUGAUAAAAGGUGCACCUGAUGUGGUUGGAGGUAAAUAUUUUUAAUAUUUAAAAAGCAUCGAGAGAAGUAUUUGAAUCAUCUAGGCAUGGAAGACUGUGGAUAUCUGUUUAAAUGGGGUUAGUGUAGUUGGGUACAAUGGUGGCAUAGACAUGGUUUAUUGAGGAAUAUGGCUCUGGGGAGCAACUUCAGUGUGCAUCUGGCUAUUCUAAAUUUAUGCAAUAGGGCCAGACGAGUUUAUGCCUCACCAGUGGUCAGAUUCCAUUGCAGAGUUUCCAUAGUCAUUCUGAAGUGUGGCAUUGAAUUUGCAACUUUAAUUUUUCAUCCCACUCCGUCAGUGACUUUUUCUGUGGCCUGCUCUGGUACCGUCCUCCCUCCUAUACCAUGGUUUUAAAGUCCCAUCAUAUUGCUCUGGCAUUUGGUCUACUGCAGGGUUCCCCAAUUAGUUUCCCACAAGGGCCAAAUUAUGUCAAGCAUGCCAAGCCAAGGGCCAAUACGUCCAGGUUUUUUUUUUAUUGCGCCAGUAAGUUGUUUUAUGGGCAGAUGUUGUUGCUGCUAUUACCAUUAUUAUUAGUAGUGGUAGUAGUAAUACAGAAAGAAACACACACACACUCACUCACUCACUCUCCCCCUCCCCCUCCCCCUCUUAAUUUAGCUAUGUAGCAUUUGAAGUAUGAAGUGUAGCUCUAAAUGAAAUUCAGUAUUAUUGUAAUAUUAUUGUACCACAAUAAGAUGGACAAAAAUAACUUGAUUCACUCACCUUGUUGCCAUGUUAGUCUAGAAUGGCACCCGUCUUUAAUAGCUUUACUACUGUUUUCUUGGUUUUCUCAUCAUAACUUAAAACUUUGCCAACCAUAUCAAUUGCACACGUUUUAAUCAACUAGGCAUCAGCGAAUGGCUUAUCUUUGGCAAGGUUCCAUGACACACGCAAUGAUGCAGCUGUUGUGCUCUCUUGUGCAGAUGUUGACUUACAGAUAGAAACGGAGUGCUUGUAUAAUGUUAUCUUAUUUGCAAUUUUUUGUUUGUGUUGAUCUGAUUUUGCAGGGUAGUUGGCAUUAAAACUGGCAGCACGCAUAGUGUUGAAGUGCGGCUUUAGAUUUUCUGAUUUGCAGACAGCUACGGACUGCAUGCAUAUUGAGCAUGUUGGUUUAGCAAUGGUGUGGUCCGGUAAAAUAAAACAAAACUGAUCAGUCCGGUCAGAUUUAAACUGACGGUUUUCCUGGUCGACUUCGUGCUUUUUUGCGCAGGCCAUGUUGUUCUUGGUUUAGGGUCUGUGACUUACUACUGGUAACAAUUCGCUUAGAUGACAGAUUCGCUUCUUAGAUGACAGACGGGUAGCUGGUGCGUGCUGCUGUCUAGUCGAGGACUAUAGAGAGCGCGCAGUAGGUCAAGUGUACGGUGUGGGAUGAGGUUAAAAUAAAUUAGAGCAGUGCGCGCUUUAUUUACAUGUUACGACAAGGGCGUUCACGUAAGUGCCAAUGGGUCGGUGCAGUCCAGACAUUUGGUUCUCGUGGUCUGGACCUGGUCCGCAGUCCGCCUAUUGGGGUUGUCUGGUCUACUGCCUUACAAUCUCUUUUAAUAUCAAAAGUUGGUUUCCAAUGCUCUUCCAAUGUACCUGUGGUAUUUGCUUUGUUGUAGACAACAUUUAAUACAAGAUGUUACUCUUUUUAAAAAAAAAAAGGAUAAACUGCAGUUCAAGUAUAGGAAGUCCUAGUUGUCAGCAACAGCUAUAACAAGAUGUUCAGACUCUAGAACUUCAUGUGGACUUUUUCAUAUAAUAUUUAUGCCUGACUAAUCAGCUCAAAUCAAUCACAAAUUUUGGCUUAUUCCAGAUGAGCUAAUUUGCAUUGGCACAAAUCAAGCAAAAGUUCUCCUGAGAAUACUCAAUGUUUUCUUAUCUUAAUUGUGUGUGUGUAUGGUUCCUGAACUCUAAAUCAGCUAGUACCAGUGUACAAAACAGAAAAUGCCAACAACCCAGGAAAGCCACUUUUUUUGGUGAUGGGUGGUGGGAGCAGAGGUUAUGUGCCCCUGGACCUGUGAUUUCAGCUUUUGAUAACUGAUGAAACAGCAAAAUGAGCUUGCUGGAUCCAUGAAACUAGGUAGUCUGAAGCCCUACGGUUUAUUUCCAAACUGUAGUCCAACUGAAAUCCAAUAAAUUCAUAACUGAUUUGAACUAAAAUCUUGUGUUGAUUUUUCAUGUUCUUUUGCUAGAACUGUAGGAAAUCCAGAUUUUUUUUUUCCAUGAAAUCAAAAUUCCAUCAGGUGAAUCCUCCCAGGUUUAGAGGAUCAGGCAAAGAAAGCAAAUUCCCUUAAUAAAUUUUGCUGGAUAAUCUCAUUUUAUAUUCACCAUUACUGCAAUCAGUGUUACCCUUCGGAACAGUUAAUUAACUAAAUUUUAAUUACUUACCGUG